CAUACACACGCAACGUGGAUGGUUUUCUAUAAGUGCUAGGAUUUGAGCUCUAUCACGGAAUGAGCGGCGGACAAUUUGAUUUUAGUGUAGUCUGUAGUAUUGGCGAAAUAGAUUUGGACCCAGACAGAUAAAACAGGUGAAAAAAAACCCGUGAAUACGUCAGUUUUACCUGGGAACAAUCAGAUCAGCGUUAGAGAUUUGCAAUACGCAUCGAGAAAGUAGGAAGUUUGCAAAAAGUAGGACACUUUGCGCGAAUUUGACACGACUGUAUAACUACUUCAAUCGCGAAGCACUGGACACGCUUGAAGAGCACUGACAGACGGUCUGCUGAAGAAUCUAAAGAAAUUCAGGACUGAAAAUGAGCAGCGAUAAGAACAAAAUGGAUGAUGAGGUCGUCCUUGACAGAGGAGCGUCUCAUAUCAAACAUGUGUGUGAUGAGGAGGUGGAGGGCCAUCAUACAUUCUACAUUGGUGUUCACGUGCCCAAGAGUUACCGCCGGAGGCGGCGUCACAGGAGGCGGUCCCAUCAAAAAGAGAAGAAAGAGAGAGUGACAGAAGGCACGAGUGACAAAUCAGAUACUGAGAAUGCCGAUGAUACUGGUGCCAGCAUCCUCAAACCACUCAUUUCUCCAGCAGCGGAGCGAGUCCGGUUUAUCCUGGGGGAGGAAGACAGUGGUCCGCCACCCCCCCAACUAUUCACCGAACUGGAUGAACUGCUCACAGUGGAUGGACAAGAGAUAGAGUGGAAAGAGACAGCCAGGUGGAUAAAAUUUGAGGAGAAGGUGGAGAAAGGUGGGGAGAGGUGGAGUAAACCCCAUGUGGCCACGCUGACUCUUCACUCUCUUUUUGAGCUGAAGACUUGUAUAGAAAAAGGCACCAUUAUGCUUGACAUGGAGGCGUCUACUCUACCACAGAUCAUCGAAAUGAUAACAGAUAGUGCUCAACUGAGGCCCGAGUUGAAAGAGAGAGUGAUGUACAUGUUGCUGAGGAAACAUCGUCACCAAACGAAGAAGUCCAACCUACGUUCUCUGGCUGAAAUUGGCAAGACAGUGUCCAGUGCAAGUAGACUGUUUUCCAGCUCAGAGAAUGGUAGCCCAACAACAGCCCACCGCAAUCUGACCUCAACCAGCCUCAAUGACCUCUCAGACAAACCUGAAAAGGACCAGCUCCAUAAUAAGUUUAUGAAGAAGCUUCCUCGUGAUGCAGAGGCAUCUAACGUGCUGGUUGGUGAAGUGGAUUUCCUGGAGACCCCGUUCGUUGCGUUUGUGCGUCUGCAGCAAGCCGUCAUGUUAGGAGCGCUAACUGAAGUCCCUGUGCCCACCAGGUUUCUCUUCAUUCUGCUGGGUCCUAAAGGCAAAGCCAAGUCGUAUCGUGAGAUUGGAAGAGCCAUCGCUACCCUCAUGUCAGACGAGGUGUUCCAUGAGGUCGCCUACAAAGCCAAGAGUCGGGGGGACCUGUUGGCGGGGAUAGAUGAGUUUUUGGAUGAGGUCAUUGUUUUACCCCCAGGAGAAUGGGACCCUGACAUCAGGAUAGAACCUCCCAAGUCCCUGCCCUCUGCGGACAAACGGAAGAACAUUCUGGCUGGAGGGGAAGGGCUCCAGAUGAAUGGUGACACCCCCCAUGAAGGCGGGGCUGGAGGAGGGGGGGGGCAUCAAGUUGGCGAUGAACUCAAAAAGACUGGCAAGUUCUGUGGUGGCCUCGUCCUCGAUGUCAAGAGGAAGCUGCCAUUUUUUGCCAGUGAUUUUAAAGAUGCCCUUCACAUCCAAUCACUGUCUGCCGUUUUGUUCAUCUAUUUGGGUACAGUCACUAACGCCAUCACUUUCGGGGGUUUGCUAGGAGAUGCCACGGAUAAUAUGCAGGGAGUGUUGGAGAGUUUUGUGGGGACUGCAGUGAGUGGUGCUGUGUUUUGUUUACUUGCUGGUCAGCCUCUCACUAUCCUCAGUAGUACUGGGCCUGUGCUUGUCUUUGAGAGACUCCUCUUCACCUUCAGCAAGGAUAAUAACUUCGACUACCUGGAGUUUCGGCUUUGGAUUGGGCUUUGGUCGGCCUUCUUCUGUCUGAUCCUGGUCGCCACGGACGCCAGUUUUCUUGUCCAGUACUUCACUCGUUUCACAGAAGAGGGCUUUUCUGCUCUCAUUAGCUUCAUUUUCAUCUAUGAUGCCUUCAAGAAGAUGAUCAAGCUAGCACACCAUCACCCCAUUAACUCCAACUUCGAAAUGGACCAGGUCACCCAAUAUUACUGCCACUGCGAAUUCUCCACAGACAGCAACAGAACAGGCGUCUAUCCAGAUAUGAAUCACAUGGAGAUGAUGAAUAGCUCUCACAUGAACGUUAACUGGUCCAUGCUAACACGGUCGGAGUGUCUGAAGUACGGAGGCAGGCUGGAAGGUGAAGCCUGUGGCUUUGUCCCUGACAUCACACUGAUGUCAUUCAUCCUGUUCCUGGGUACAUACACCUGCUCCAUGUCACUGAAGAAGUUCAAGACCAGCCAGUUCUUCCCUACCAAAGUGCGGAAACUGAUCAGCGAUUUUGCCAUCAUUAUGGCCAUAGUCAUCUUCUGUGGAGUGGAUGCUCUUGUUGGAGUGGACACACCCAAACUCCUUGUGCCAAAUGAAUUCAAGCCGACAAGCCCAAACCGUGGCUGGUUUGUGCCUCCGUUCGGUGGGAACCCCUGGUGGGUUUAUCUGGCAUCCAUUCUGCCUGCCCUGCUUGUCACCAUCCUGGUGUUUAUGGACCAACAGAUCACAGCCGUCAUUGUAAACCGUAAAGAGCACAAACUCAAGAAAGGGGCAGGGUAUCAUCUGGACCUGUUCUUGGUGGCGAUUCUGAUGGUGAUUUGCUCGUUCAUGGGGUUACCAUGGUACGUGGCCGCCACGGUUAUAUCCAUCGCUCACAUCGACUCUCUGAAGAUGGAGACUGAGACGUCCGCUCCUGGAGAACAACCCAAAUUUCUGGGAGUGAGAGAGCAGAGAGUGACGGGUGUGCUUGUGUUUGUCCUCACGGGCCUGUCCGUCUUUAUGGCACCGAUCCUGAAGGUUAUUCCCAUGCCUGUGCUUUAUGGUGUAUUUCUCUAUAUGGGUGUGGCCUCUCUCAAUGGAGUACAGUUCAUGGACCGCCUUCAGUUGUUUUUGAUGCCAGCCAAGCACCAGCCUGAUCUGAUAUAUCUGAGGCACGUUCCCCUGCGGCGGGUCCACCUGUUCACCUCCAUCCAGGUCCUCUGCCUGGCCCUUCUCUGGAUCCUCAAAUCAACCGUAGCUGCUAUCAUCUUCCCCGUCAUGAUUUUGGCGCUGGUAGCAGUGAGGAAAGCCAUGGACUACCUCUUCUCUCAACAUGAUCUCAGCUACUUGGAUGAUGUCAUGCCAGAAAAGGACAAGAAAAAGAAAGAGGACGAGAAGAAAAAGAAGAAGAAGAAAGGGAGCAUAGAUAGUGACAUGAAUUAUUCAGAUUUUCCAGCCAAUGAGAGUGUGCCUACUAUUAAAAUAUCGAUGGAUAUGAUGGAACAAGAGCCUAUGCUGAGGGAAACGCCCUCAGUCAGAAAUAAAUCCUCAUCCUUCCUUUCUCCCUACUGAAAGAAUGCACUUCUUCCCUCCUAAGUCAGUGUCAAGUCAGGAUUUGAACUCUUUCAAGACAUCCGUGCCUCAGAUUAGAAUUGAUGUCAACCCCGACGAUGACAGCCUCUUCUGGAGGACUCCAGCAACCG